AUGCCGACAAAUGUGGCUUUCGAUCUCGCCUUGUUGUUCUGGCGUCUGAUCAUCAACAUCUUCUUUCGAUCUAUCCAGCCUCGUGGUGCAUGGCGCAUUCCGCCCCCAAAUGAUGGACCGGUCAUCUUUGUAGGAGCACCACAUCACAAUCAAUUCCUCGAUCCUCUUCUAUUGGCAUCAGAGGUCCGUAGAGGAUCCGGUCGUAGGGUCGCCUUUUUGACUGCUCAAAAGAGUCUCAAUAGACCUUUCAUCGGAGCUGCAGCAAGAUUGAUGCAAAGUAUUCCUGUUGUACGUGCUGCCGAUAGCGCCAAAAAGGGAUCUGGAACGAUCACCCUCCACCCUUCUGGCGAUCCACUCCUUUUACAAGGUCACAAUUCGCAAUUCACCAAAGAAUUGGUAGUCAAAGGUCAGAUUGUGCUUCCAAAAGCAACAGGAUAUGCAUCAGCUGAGGUAGUUGAAAUUGUCUCUGAUACGGAAGUGAAGAUCAAGAAAGAAUUCAAAGAUUCCAAAGCGAUCAAAGCAUUAAAGGGCGACAUACCGGAAGGGCCACUUGAUGAGAAAGAAGGCGGAAAAGAAAAAGGGAAGGAAGGCUGCAUGUACCAAUGCUUGCCAUACGUCGAUCAAACCCAAAUGUAUUCAACAGUGUACGAGAGUCUGGCCCGAGGAGGAAGCUUGGGUAUUUUCCCCGAAGGUGGCAGUCAUGACAGGACAGACCUACUUCCUUUGAAAGCUGGUGUUGUGAUUAUGGCAUUAGGCGCAAUGGCCAGUAACCCCGGCCUGCAAGUCAAAAUCGUUCCUGUCGGUCUUUCCUACUUCCAUCCUCACAAAUUCCGCUCUCGUGCUGUUGUCGAAUUUGGUGCGCCUCUAGAAGUGCCACGGGAAUUGGUUGGGCUUUUCGAAAAAGGCGGAGAAGGAAAACGUGAAGCAGUUGGAAAGAUGAUGGAUUUAGUGUAUGACGGACUGAAGAGUGUCACUGUCAGAGCACCUGAUUAUGAGACUUUGAUGUUUAUCCAAGCCGGAAGAAGGUUGUACACCCCAACGGGAGCUCAUCCAACCCUAAGUCAAGUAGUGCAUCUUAACAGACAAUUUAUCAUCGGAUAUUCAAAACAUAAAGAUGAGCCGAGAGUUCAAAAACUCAAAGAAGAUAUCUUGCGUUAUAAUAAGAUGCUCAGUUAUGCCGGACUGCGAGAUCAUCAGGUAGAGCGGGCCACAAGAGCAGGAUGGAGAAGUCUUGGCCUAUUGGGAUACAGGCUCUUCUUGCUUGGUUUAUGGGGUGGAUUGGCUUUGCCAGGUGUUGUUCUAAAUUCCCCGAUCAUUUUAUUGGCAAAGCUUAUCAGUCGUAAGAAAGCCAAAGAAGCGUUACUUGCUUCUCAAGUCAAAGUGGCUGGAAGGGAUGUAGUGGCUACAUGGAAGGUAUUGGUCUCCUUGGGAAUCACGCCUGUCCUAUAUGCUUUCUAUGCCGGAGUGGCAACGUAUCUAGCCCACAAAUAUGGUCUUCGUACCCGUCAUCAAUUAUUUAUGUCGGUAUACACAAUGACAGCUAUGCCAAUGUUGGCUUACUCGACAGUGAAAUUCUCCGAAGUUGGCUUGGACAUUUACAAGAGUUUGCCGCCUCUCUUUGUUAGCUUGAUGCCUGGAAAUUACAAGGUCAUCAAAGAGUUACAAGAGACACGUGUUCGUAUCGCAGCUGAUCUUAACCAAGUGAUUGAAGAACUAGGACCGCAAACGUUUAGCGACUUCGAGGAAAAGAGAUUAUUCUCGCAGAGACCAAGUUCAAGCGCUCCUCCACCGCCUGGUACACCUGGCAGAGAAGGAAGCUUUAUUUGGAAGGAAAAGACUGCUUCACAAGAUUCAAGCAGCAGUAAUUAUUUAUCCCAUCCACUCUCAUGGGCAGAUGAAAAAUUGUUCGGAUGGAGCGCUCACAAAUCCUCUUCAAAGACAAGGGAGCGUACAGGAAGUACUUCUGAUAGCAGUGCAACUCUUGUUGAGCCUAACAAUGCAGCAAAGGAAGAAAUUGCACGGGAAGCACAAGAAGCAGACGAAGAGGAAGAAGAGGAGGAGGAGGAAGAGGAAGAAGGGGAUUAUGAAGCAAUCUUUAGUAUGAUUAAUCCAGCGCGACUCCUCAGUCAAGGUGGCGAUGGCGUUAGAUCGCCUCGAUCGCCCAAACAUUCUCGUAGUCGAUCAGGAAGUACGGCUGGCGAAUCUUUUCGUGAUAAACGGAAUCGAUCGAGCAGCGAUUUGAAAGCAUUUUCGCCUGCAACGCAACCUUUAUCGCCUACUUUGUCCCGAUCCACAGCUUUGAAUGGAAAUGAGAAAGGUAUGAGUCAGCGCAGAACACGAACGCAUAGUCUUUCGGAAGAUGUACGAACAAAAGAUAUUCAAGAUGGAGGCAAGAAAGAUGGUAUCUAUGAGCGACCUUUUGACGAAGCGGGUAGAACAUUGGAACAAAAAGCUAGCGAGCGUCGUGGAGGAGAUGAAGGGCAAGACAAACCGGCUCUAAACGAUAUGAAACCUGCUGAAAAUACACCAUCAAAACCCGGAACACCUACGGAGGCAUCAUGA